AUGUUACCAUUGUUUUCUUUUCAAGCGAAGUGCCUUCUUGUAGGAGGCCCGUCUAGAGUGUUUUAUACUCCUUCUAUAUAUUUGCUAUGCGGCAAUCAUUCAACUGGCAAUCGGGCACAGUCUAUGAUCCGGUAUUUCUCUUCAACCAGAUCUUACAAUCUUAUCUACCAGCCAAAGGCCAAAGUCAGCAAACAAAAGGAACCAGUUGCGAUUGAUACCAAGAAGAAGCAUCUGUCAAUUUCUGACGCAGAAGACGCUGCAAAGGAUGCUUGUCUACUGAAGAAUAAAUAUUAUCUUAGAUGCCCCAAGAUACUUAGGCCAUAUUUGAAAGAGGUUAUGGUGAGACCUGUCGGGUUUGGUUUCAGUAUAGUUAUACUUCAACAAGUGUUUGUUGUGGUUCCAUUUCUUUUAUUGUGGUAUUACUAUUUCCAGGUGGGUGUCGAGCCAGACCAAAGUAAUGAAAACCUCAAAAAAGGUCUAGAUACCAUCAAAAAGGGACUGGUUAAUCUAGAUAUGGAUGAUGAGAGUAAAUUGAAGAUGGCCAUUGCUGGUGCUGCAUCGUACGCGCUGACUAAAUCGUUGCUGCCCGUGAGAGUUCCCGUUUGCGUGGCUCUAGCUCCAUGGUUUGACAAGUGGUGUAUAAGGCCCAUUAUUCGGAUUUUAACUGCCGUAUUCAAAAAGAAUGCCGUGGUUAAGCCAAGACCUCGAAAGUAA